AUGUCUGGAGGCCACGGAGAACUCUCAUCCUCAGAGAAACUGAACAAAAGUGCCAACUGCCAAAAAAUAACACAGAAGAAGAAGAAGAAGAUUCCGGUAGCGUUUCUCCCUAUUGUGUGCAGCCAGACGGUCCCGGAGGCAGCUAACGACACGGAGCGCGUCGUCGGUGUGAGCUGGAGUAGCGGUUUGGUUUUCUCAGACACGCAAGUGCACAUUCCAGUAGAGCGUCUGACUGUGUCCUACAGCAGAAGCAGUGGUCCUGGGGGUCAGCACGUCAAUAAAGGACACGCAAGUGCACAUUCCAAGCGUCUGACUGUGUCCUACAGCAGAAGCAGUGGUCCUGGGGGUCAGCACGUCAAUAAAGUUAGCACCAAAGCAGAAGUCCGAUUUCACAUAAAUACGGCAGACUGGAUCCCUGAAGAUGUUCGACAAAAAAUUGUAGAAAAGAACAAAAACCGCAUCAAUAAAGCCGGGGAGCUCCUGGUGACCUCGGAGGUGAGCAGGAGCCAGCAGAGAAACCUCUCAGACUGCUUACAGAAGAUCUCUGCUAUCAUAGAUGAGGCCAAUGUGAGACCCCAUGAACCAUCAGCUGAAGACAUAGCUCUAAGAGCAGCCCGGAUAGAGAAGAGGAACAAUCAGCGACUUAAACAGAAGAAGAUCUUUUCAGCCAUCAAGAAUAGCAGACGAAUGGAUUUUGACUGACCAAUGCAAUAUCGAGCAACGUUUUUUUUUUUUUUUUUCUACAUGAAAAUGUAAUUUACACCCACCUGCCACUUUACUCAGUGCAUCUAGGUGUGUUGGAGAAAUCUUGAAGUUCCAACUGAUCAUCAGAAUGG